AUGUUCCCCCGGCUGUGGCUCGCUCUGGUGCCCGUGUGGAGCGCGUGGAGCAGCGGGCAGCGCUUGGACAGCUGGGUUAACCUGCGGGGGGCGCUGUCUGAUGGCCUGUGUCGCUACGGCAACAGCGUGGAGUGCUGUUGGGGCUGGAGUCUGGAGCACGGCCGCUGUCAACCUCACUGUCCUCACGGCUGUAAACACGGAGAGUGCGUUGCUCCAGGGCAAUGUCAGUGUGAACCUGGAUUCACCGGGAAAACCUGCAACCAAGAUCUGAAUGAGUGCGGUCUGAAGCCCCGGCCCUGUAAACACCGCUGUAUGAACACUGUGGGCAGCUACAAGUGCUACUGUUCAGACGGGUUCAGACUGCAGCCAGACGGGUCCUGUGCAAAUGCACGCACGUGUUUCCAUGCUAACUGUCAGUACGGCUGUGAGGUCAUGAAGGGGCGGGUCCGCUGCACCUGCCCGUCACCGGGGUUACAACUCGGCCCGGACCAGCGCACCUGUGUAGACAUAAACGAGUGUGUGUCCAUCCCCGGGGUCUGUCCUCAUCGCAGGAAAUGUGUGAACACUUUCGGUAGCUUCGUUUGUAAAUGUCACUUUGGAUUCAGACUGAGCUACAUCAACGGACGUUACAGCUGCAUCGAUAAGGACUCAAGAUCGUUCUGUUCUCUGAAUCCUGACGCUCCAAAGUGCAAGUGCAAAGAUGGAAGCUGCAAAGAUAUGCCCAAAGUCAAAGUGGAGCCCCAAGCACCAAGAACUACAACAACUACUACUCCUACUACCCCUGCUACUACUACUGCAUCUAUAACUACUACAAUAAUCCCUACAACUACCCCUACAACUACUACUACUACUAGUACUACUACUGCUUCUACUACAACUACACCACUCAUUACUACUAGGACAACCCCCACCACUAUAACCACUGCUACUACUGCUACUACUACUACCCUUGCUACUACACCAGUUGCUACUACUACUAUUACUACUACUACUACUACUACGCAGGCUACUACUACUACAGGCCCACCUAUUACUACUACUGCUACUACAACACCACCUCCAACUAUUACUACUACUAUUACUACUACUACUACUGUUCCUACUACUACUACUACUACUACUACUGCUGCUACUACAACUCCACCCUCUACAACCUCUACUUUAAAAACCACUACUGCUACAUUUACUACUCCAAUUCCUUCUACUACUACUGCUACUACGCCUUGGGUGACCACAGAACAGGAAACUACCACAACAAGACAGACCACAGCUCCUACAACUCUUAUGAUGAAAACUACACCUACCUCAUCACCCACGACGACCGUAAACAACCACAUCAACAAGGAAGUGACGCAUCGGCAGAGAGGAGACGUGCAUAUUCCUCGUCACCCCGGGCAUAACCAGGUUUGGGAAUUCGACAUAGAAUUGGGAAACACGGCAGAUGAAGCUAAAGACGACGCAGGUGCUGUGUCUCUGGAGUGUUCGUUUGAUCGGGGACUGUGUGACUGGCUUUCUGAACGAGAGGGAGAUCUGCACUGGGAGACCACUCAGGGGUCAACAGGUGAGCGUUACCUGUCCGUUCCUCCUCUUAAACCUGGACAGAGGUCUCUCAGAGGGGCUCGUCUCUCUCUCGCUGUAGCUCCGCCCCUCAGCCUGGGCCCCGCCUGCUUCUCCUUCUCCCAUUGGCUGACGGGGCAUCAUGUGGGCGUGGUCCAGGUCUUCCUCAGAAGUGGGCGGGACCACAGAUAUGGCUCUGCUGUCUGGAGCAGGACUGGAGGACACGGCUGGAGACAAACUCAAAUCACUCUGGACAAAAACUCUGUCGAUCGGAUUUUGGUGAAGGCCGAGCGGAGGAGAGGGCACAGGGGCCAAAUCGCCAUCGACGACCUCAGACUCAGACGCGGCCCUUGCAGAUGACAUCACACCAGUGCAGUGCUCUGAUUGGACUGUUUGUUUUAUAGAUCCCGCUUCUUCCCUCGCCCAAGA